AUAAGGUGGGGAUCAGGCACAGCUUGGACUUGAUGAUCUUGGAGGUCUUUUCCGACCUGAAUGUUUCUGGGAUUCUGUUAUUUGAGCCAUAGUCUAGACACAGAAUAAGGGGGGUGAAGGGACAAGAGGCAGAAGUCCAUGGGAAACUGAGUUGCAUAAAUUUAUCCUGUGGGUUAUUCUUAAUUCAGUGAUAAUGAAUUUUAUCUACCCCUCCCCAGCUGUGCAUCUCACUCUUCUCAGUGUGCUCUGUUAAGUCAUAGGAAUGUGAAAAGAAAUUGACUAAAACAUGAUUGCAAGUAAUUGAAACAAGCAGAUUUUCCAUUUUCGAUUUAUUUAUGUAUCAAAGUGGAAAGAACAAAUUCUUCCCUGAAAUCCUAAUGGGUGGAAGUGUGAGUUUUACUGACUCUGUUUUGGGGUAAUUUUGCAAAUGAAUGCUUUGGUAACAAAUGCAAUAAAAUGCACUUAGACUCUGGUGACACUUAAUUAUCACCGUUUUAUUUGUCCCAACUGCAUGGCAAUCUCUGAACUCAAAGUUGCAUUUUUAUAUAUAUAUUUAUGCCAAUAUAUUUAUUUCCAUACCAAGUAGUGUGAAGUGAACAAGUAGUUAUUUAUAUCUGAAUGUGUGAUAGUCAGAAUCAAAGUGUGAAAUAAGAGUAUUUGUAACACACUUGGUGUGUGAAGGACCAGCGGUCAGAUAAUUUCUGAGAACCUCAAAUUUAAAAUGUAAUUAUUCUAGGAUUAUGCUGGAGGUGAACAGUGAACUGUCUGGAGUUGCAGUGAGAUUUUAUAAUAGAAAAGAUAACUCUUUGGUAUUUGUCUUGUGAAUUAGAUGCUUCUAGAUGCCAGGCUGGUCCCAAAAUACAUUUUCCAGUAUUUCCUAAAAUGUUUGAAGAAAGUAGCAUCUACUUUCUUAUCAGAUCUACCUGUUAUUCAAUUUCUACAUUAAACUAAAAUAUUUUAAUACUCCUGUGUUGUGGCUGUAUUUAGGAAUGUCUAGCAUAGAAGAAUACAUUAUUUGUAAGACCUUAUCAUAAAAAGGAGAAGAAAACUGAGUCCAUAAUGUGCAUUACUAUUCUGGGGCCUUCAUUGGCUGCCUAGGGAGUCUGAAAUCUUAAUUGAGGGGUCACAUUGGAAGGGCAAAGUCACAGAGUUAUAGAAUUGCCAAAUUGUAUUAAAAUAAUACUGACCUUUCUUUUCUUCUCCCUUAUUGCAAACAUGAAGUCCAAUGGCAAAAGUAGAAAAUCGAAGAAAGGGGAAGAGAAACUGAAAGAGGAGGCCCUAUUACAAGCUGAACAAGAAGAAGCAGAAAGGCUUGAAAAGGAGAGACUACGUCAAGAGCACUUGAAAAAGCUUGAGGCAAAGUAUCAAGGGGAGAGGGAGUCUGAACUAGCAGAACUUAAUUCAUUGGAACAGAAGUUUCUUUCUGCACAGCAGUGGAAAAUGGAUUACAGAGAACAAGCCAAGUGGGAGCAUUACCUCAGCUGUGAUGGGACUCCUGACCCCACUGUACCUCAGGAAAUCAACACUUUCAUGAGCUUGUGGCAUGAUAACCAAGAUGAGGAUGUUCAGCUUGUGAUGGAGAAGGAGGAAGUGGUCCUAAAAUUGAUUGAAAAGUUGGAAUCUCUUCUGUUGGAGACAUCACCAGAUGAGAUCACAGAAAAACAACGAGACCAGUACCAGGAAUUUAUUCUGCAAUUGCAGGAUCUGCUUCAUAAGAAGUACAACGAGGCUACACAGAACCUGCUGAAAACAGCUAGUAUGUAUGAAGAUGCUGAAACUGGGAAUAUGCACACAGCCAUAAAAGAUAAAAAUAGUACUUUCUGUAUUUGGGCUAAUCUGAAGAAGAAAGCAAGGUUCAAGAGCCACGUGUUCCAGGAGGCAGGGCAUGGCUUUGACCUGCCCAAAUCGCUGGCUCUGAGCAGCGUGGCCGUUCGUGUGCUGCACACCCGCUACGACCACGUGUCUCCCCUGUGGGUGCAGUGCCAAGGGCUGCCAAGGCAGGAGGCCUCACAUAGUGAGGAGUUAGAGCAGCCAAAAGACACUGGGCAAGAACCAGGAGAAGAGGAGAGAGACGGGGAAGACUCCAGCAUGGCUGCUGCAGAAGAAACGUUUUCUAAUGGGAGAAAGGAGAGUGCUGCCUCACUGAAAGAAAACAUCAGUAACACAGAUGAUGCAAAAGAGACAGAGGAGGAAACUGAGAAGAAUUCAGACAUUUUGGAUGUGACAUCACAAGGAGAGGAAGCGCCGCUGCAGGAGGAGCCAGGAGGCAGAGAAGAGGCACCGAGGGUUGUUGAUGUGCAGCAGCUGGUGCCCGUGGGGGGUGUGUACCACAUCGCUGCCCUGCAGCUGCCGCCACAGGCCCAGGACGUCGGGGACUGGAGCAUGGUGGAGCUGCUGGAUGUUGGAUUGGAGCUCUAUCCAUAUUCCCCAGGAGAGGCUGAAGAUGGCACACAGGAAACAGUACAAAUAACCCUGAAGCUUCCUGAUAAUGUGAUUUAUUUUAAAGUGCCUGUGGUAGCCCGAUGGGAGCCUGCAGGCCAGCAGUGGAGAACUGAUGGCAUCAGCAACAUAACCUAUGAAGCAGAAGAAAAGAGCAUCUCCUUUAGGAUGGGUGCCUUUUAUACAGUAGCCCUUCUCCAGGAUGCUCACCUGAACCUGCCCUAUCAGGCCUGGGAAUUGCAUCCUACUGGUGUGGAUGAAGGACUCUUCACAGUUACUGCAGUCUUUGCAACCAUUCAGAUACAAAUUAAGGAUAAUCAGUGUAUGUUGUCUUCAGUAGUGGUGGAAGAAGAGAAGGUGCUUUCCCACAUCACAGGAAAAUGGAUGAGUCCUUUUGCCCUCAGAGAAGCUUUGAAAGGAGCUGGAGUGAACAUUUUCCCAGCAGGGUACUCUCCUGAGUAUGUCCCUGUGCACAGGAAGGCUGCCCCAGCAGAAGUGAAGGCCUAUGAACAGAUGGCUCUGCUUGCAGCUGCUUUUGCUUUUGCUCACAGCAAGUGGAAUGGAGAAGCAGGGCCAGAACGAGUUGUGUUCAAGGUGAGUGAACAUCUUACAGCAGGCUCUGCCAAAGACAAGGACUGGUCUCUUUAUAUGUUCAGUGGUGAGAGAGUACAAAACCUCAAACUCACUGAAACCAGUGAAGCUUUUUCAGAAGAGCUGGAAGAAGAGUCUGAAUUUCACUCCACACUCUACCAUAUGCUCAAGGAUUCUGCCAGCAGCAAAGCCAUGGGUAAAGUGGAAAGAGCUGGCUUCCUGUUUAUUGAUUCUGUGUAUCAGCUGCUCCUUGCUACCCGAAUUUUAGCAUACUCUUAGAUACUGAAUGCUUUCCUUUAAAACUUUAUUAUCAAAAGCUUUCAAUAAAGUUACAUUUCAAGUCUUAAAUCCUUUUCUAUUCAAAUCAUUGAAACAGGA